UAAGCCUGUCAUCCUUCAUAUUAUCUUGGCGUCGUGGUUAAAAGACACCCAUGUGCAUUGUGUUACAGUUGUUCGUUGAAGGAGCUUUUUAUAAGCUCCUGGGUCCAGGAAUGAAGACCACUGUGAGAUUUUCAGCAAUGCAGCAACCCGGGGAACUGAAUACCAGUCAGAAAACAGUGUAUCAUCCAAUUGCAUGCCUGCCUUUGAUGUUGGACAGAGAAACUCAGAACCUCUCCCUCCAAUCCAGAAGCAAAUAAAUACUAAGGAGAAGAGACAUCCCUCGAUUCAGUGCACAGACACUCAGAGACACAAAAACCAAGGCUGCUGUCAUUAUAAGAGCACAAAUGAACCUGUUUGGAUUGCAGACUGCAGCAAAUACCUGCCUCCCCAUAGGAGUUUGCCACUUCUUCCAACAUCAUCAGACAAUGCAGAGAGCCUUGGCUUCCACAGGCCACUGUCUUUAUCUCCAGACAAAGCCAGUCAUUCUUUCAGUACACCUGCAACUGAACAGCACGGGGAACUGGAGGGGACUAAACACUCCACCGAACCUGAAAACCAUUCAUUCUCUACCAAAGCUUACAAGAAGAGGAAGAGCAAACAUCUUGGUUGUGCUGCAGAGGACUGGAGAGAACAUGAUGCAGCUACCAAGGAAGUGCUCGCUGUAUUCUUCCCUCCAGCAAGGUAUUCAACACACGGCCUCUCCAGACCAGCUUCACCAAGUGAAGGGCACCUGCACAUAUAUUACAGGCUUAUUGAAGGAUCCAUCGACCCUUGUAUGGUGUCUCCACUUAGUAUAAAAUGGCUUCAGGGAAUCUAUUCAUACGUACCAGCAGAACUUUGCAAGGUGUGGAGCAAAUCCCUUCAGGAUUUAACAAAGGAGGUAGAGGAAAACUAUAUAUAUGCUAUAAAGAAAUCAGUCCUUGACUACAUACUAUUGGACCCGAUGGAACAACAGAGGCUUGGAAUUGAGAUGACCCCAAAGCUAUCUAACAGUGCUGGGCGGAAGCAUUUUCCAUGGCAUGAAAGCGUUAACGUUGCACGUGUCAAAUUGAAGGAAGGCUUGCACAUCACUCAUGCUGUCAUGACAAAGACUCUCCUUCACUUCCAUAGCAAUUAUGCAACUUUUAGCCUGGUUGAUAUUAAAAGUCUCCUCAAAAACGUUCCUAUGAUGCUGGAGAAUCUUAUUGUGCACAUGAACAGCAUUUUAAAAAAGAGGGCCGAAAUGCUUCAAGAAACAUGGGUGAAAGAAUGUUGUGAUAUUGUAGAACAAAACCGAGACAAAAUAGAAGUCAUAAUGCCAGAGGAUGAGGGUUUGCGGAGAAAGAAAAUGGAUCAUUUAUUCUGCAGCUUGGCAACUCUGAUGUCCAAUCUUCUAAGAUGUAUAGUGGAGACCUCUCUGACUGACCUAGUGGAAAUUAUUGAAACGUACUGUGAAGGGAAUCACUAUGAAGGGAAUUAUCCAUCUGACAGUCAUUGGUACUCAAUGAAACCUCAUCUUAUUUUCUUAUUUAUGAAACCAUUCUUAAAAGAAUUGGAUGUCAGCUUUAAUCCAUCUGUUGAAGAGAUUGUCUGUGGCUUUGAUAAUGUGGUGGAAAGUUUAGUUAUCAGUGUCCAGCAGAUGCCAAGGAUUGAGAAUUUUCUUUUCCAGGCUGUAGAUAAUCUGAAAAUCAAAUACAUCAGCUCAGUACAAAUCCAUGAAGAGAUUGUCCUGUCAGCCAAGGCGAGAAUAAAGGCUGUGAUUGAAAACAACAUGCACGGUCCAAGCAGGUAUGCUCUAGUGUACAAGCCUUUUCUGCAUCUGCUCUCACCUCUUACUGAGAAGCGUCUGAACACAUUAGUGCAAAAAGAUGUUGGACUUAAGGUCUAUGCCAGAGAACUCGACAAUAUGAAAAAACAGGCAUCAGAUGUUGCUUUGUUGCCAGUAUACAUGCCCAUGAAGAUGCUGCUGAUAGAUUGUUCUGAAAUGAACCAGUGGAUGAUGGAUCGUACCCGCCAGCUGACUAAUAUCAUAAUUAACAAAGUCGCUACUACAUCUGAGAAGUUUAAUCGAAAAAUUUGCCAGCAGUAUGAUGGCAUUGUCACAAAAAUCUCUGCCAUAGCUGAAUCGACAUCUGCCCUUGUGGAACUUCAAGAAUACAUUCUCAAGCUAAGGAGUGCAGAGCUUCUAGAGAUUCAGGAUAAACUGGCAGUAGCUGCAGAGAACCUACUCUUCCUAAUGGACUAUGCAUCCCUAUCAAAGGAGGACAUUAUUCUAAACGGAAACACGUUUUCUUGGCCUCAGAGAAUCAUUCCUAUCAUUAGUGGCAGUGUGACACGAUUGCAGAGGGAGCAUGAUGGGGCUCUGGCAAGGCUCGCUCAGUGGCAGAAGGAUUUCACAAAGCGCUUGGCUGAUGUGGUCAUUGAGGUGAAAGACUUUCAGAAGAAAGAGAGGAUGAGCGAGGCCAGCACUUAUGUACAGAAACUCAGCACCAUCAACAGGAGAAUACAGCAGUUUAUAGAAGAGAGAGCUCAGAUUAACAAGGAGGAGGAGCUUCUAGGAGUUGAACAAAUAGGCACUUAUAAUCAAAUAUCAGAGAUCAGCAAAUUAAAGGAGCCCUAUGAGGAACUGUGGACCACUGCCUUGCACUUCAGCACUUAUUACGACAAAUGGAUGAAUGGUCCACUGCUACAGGUCAAUGCAGAAGAGGUGGAAGGGGAGGUGCAGAAUUUAUGGAAGACUAGUUACAAGUUGACAAAAGCAUUUUAUCACCCGGACUUACACGGACCUCUUAAAGUCGCUACAACCAUUAAGACCAAGCUUGAGAAGUUUAAGAUCAACAUGCCUCUUGUAACAGCUUUGUGUACACCUGGGAUCAAGCCAAGACACUGGCAUCUUAUGAGUGCAAAGGUCGGAUUUAACAUCGCUCCACAUGAAGGCACCACUCUUCUUGAAAUACUGCAGCUUGGCCUUGAAAAAUACCUUGACAAUCUAAAUCAGAUCAGCUUGCAAGCAAGCAAAGAGUAUGCCCUAGAGAAGGCCCUAAACAAAAUGAAAGCAGAUUGGGAAGACGUGUGCUUUGUCUUUUCGCCUUACAAGGAUGGAGACAGUCAUGUACUAGCAGCUGUGGAUGAAAUUCAGGUUUUGUUGGAAGAUCACAUUGUGAAAACCACAACCAUGAAAGGUUCUCCAUUUAUUGCGCCCUUCGAAAAGGAAAUAUUAAGUUGGGAGGCUAAGCUGCGUCUCUUUCAAGAGAUUCUAGAUUCUUGGCUUGGAGUCCAGAUGGCUUGGUUAUAUCUGGAACCAGUUUUUGGAUCAGAAGAUAUACUUAGUCAAAUACCAGUUGAAGGAACCAAAUUUGAAAUUGUUGAUAGAAACUGGAGGCUAAUAAUGAGGGAAUCUAUGAAGAAGGCCAACGCCAUGAGGGUUAUCUCACAGCCCCAGAUGCUGGAUAAGUUGAAGGAAGCAGAAUUGCUGUUGGAUGACAUUCAGAAAGGCCUGAAUGAUUAUUUGGAGAAGAAAAGGCUAUUCUUUCCAAGAUUUUUCUUCCUGUCCAAUGAUGAACUGCUAGAAAUCCUUUCUGAAACAAAAGAUCCACUUAGAGUUCAGCCACACCUUAAGAAAUGCUUUGAAGGCAUUGCUAAACUUACGUUUAAUACCAAGAAAGAAAUAACCCACAUGGAGUCAUCGGAAAAUGAAAAAGUUGAGCUGGUGCUGAGAAUAAUUCCAUCGAAUGCCAAGGGCCUAGUAGAGAAAUGGCUUCACGAGGAUCUAUCAGGUAAGUAAGGAUAGUAAAAAAGGUAACUUGUUGCAGAGACCUUAUCUAUGUUAAGUAUGUAAUAAACUAUAGUCUUUAUUUAGCAAUGCUACCUGUGUACCGAAAACUGUAGCUAGUGUUCUCUAUCUGCAUGUACUUAAUGUAUAGACCAUCAGUUCUCUUCAUCUCUUUUUGUGCAAUGAUACCAGUGGUCUGUUGUUCUGUGUAGAAUGAAAGAUACACUAAGCAUGUUUUCUUGACCCAAUAUCAUAAUGUUGGAUGCUGUGUAGUUUUGUGUUAUGAAGUGUAACUGUUAUCGAAUUGUCCGCUUGGGUCUCACACACACAGAAUGCAUGUCCCAUAAUAGUUAGAGAGAGACAAGUUUGUUUGUUCUAGCUCUGUGUUGAGAGGGGUCUCUAUUAUUGUUUGAGCGGGUUGAGCCAGACGUCUUGUGAAGUUCUAUGUGUUAUUUGGGCUGGUGUUUGUUGGCUUUGAUAAAAAUCCUUGGUUUCUUCCAAGAGCUGACACAUUUCUUGGUGCAUGUUAGCUGUUGUCUUGUCAGUGUAGCUGUCCCUGGUCUUGUGUUACAUCUAGUGGAUUAAGCCGUUUUUAUUGUAUCAUUUGUGUCUUCACUGAAAAUUCCUUUGACAGUUGCAGCUUUGUUAAUUUUUGAUGUAACAGUUUUAGUGUGCAUCUUGUCACUAGAAUAUAGUUUAAAAUGUUCCUUAAUGUAGCAUGAAAUUAUUGGUUAGUUUUGAAAUAGAUGUGAAAUCAUGUGAAGAAAAUAAGUAUUGCAUCCGAUCGAGAUAAAUUCACUGUGGUGUUUUAUGGCUUUUUAUUCCUAUGUGAUAGUAAUAAUGUCUCAUGUAGGGAUGGAAGCCAUGAAAUACAUUGUGAAAAGUCAUCAUCUAAAAUGGGGGCCAUAAGCAUGGAAAAUGCAAUGGCUGUGGACCUAUUAGACAGUGUUCCAAAAUGAGUUCCGAAAGCAACCCAGCAUUCAAUGCUCAAAUUUAUCGUUUUAUACCAUGAAAGUUUGAGCAUUAAAUAGUAGGCAAAACUCUAUAAAUAUAGUAUAAAAUGUGAUGUUAUGUUGUUACAGCAGACUUAGUGAGGACUGUGCACCAGCCAGGCUUUAGCCUACAGUAUAUUGAUUGUUGUACGUCAUUACAAGUGGUUAACUCUGGUGGCCUCCAUCCUUAUUUGCAUUUCUAGAUAUGUUAGGGAUUUCCUGGCUAUAAAGAUAAGCCUUUUCUGCCAAUGAGAAGUUCUCUCAUGUGUUUGCAGAUGUGUUGGACACAGAGUAUAAACAGAAAGUUUUUGCGGUAUGCAGAAUUAUGGUACAUGCUGAUUUCCUAAUAAAUAUUUCCUAAUAAACCAGUAUACAAUUCAACAGGAUUUUAUUUAAGUACAAACAAGCACUUAAAAUAUCGAUUUCAAUGCUACUGAAUAUUUUAACAGCUAUGUAUGAAUAAUAUAAAAAAUAAAAUCUGCA